GAGCAGACAGAAGACAUACUUCGACCUGCGACCUGUCCGUAUGUAGAGCGUCCCUUUUUUCGAGUAUAAUUUAUAGCCGGUUUUUUUCUUUCAUCUUUGGCGGUUAUCGAUGGGUCUUUGGAUUCGCUAUCGAAUGAUCUUAUGCCUCCACUACACGUCUUCAGAUGCGUCGGCGGACGUCUGCAGGUCGCUCAGUCUGUGUCAAGCCUCGACAGAUGCAACGGACGCAAUAUUUAAAAAAUGGAUGUUGAGAUGGUAACUGCCGCAGCUAUUUAUUUGUUUAGUACUUUUAAUUACUACUUGAGUGUGUAUCGCAGUAGAGCUAUUAAGAAGAAAUGGAAAAGAAGAAGGUGGUGGAUGCUGGCUAUACAUAGAAACAGAACAAAGAAUAGCAUGGAAAAUCAGCUUGCAGAACUUUACGCGGAGCCAGCUGGAGAAUUUGACAAUUUUGUUCGAAUGUCUUGCAGCGAUUUUGAAUAUCUUUUACAGAAGAUAUCUCCAAUGAUUGCUAAAAAUGAUACUGAUUGGAGGGAUGCAAUUCCAGUGAAAGUACGCCUGGCAGUAACAUUAAGAUACUUAGCUACUGGAGAUAGCUAUAGAAGCUUGCAUUACCUGUUCAAAAUUUCAAGCCAAGUGAUAUCUCUAAUUGUUCCUGAAGUAUGUUUGGCGCUCAAUGACGUAUUAAAGGAUUUAGUGAAGAUGCCUAAAACUGCAAAUGAAUGGCUCUCAAAGUCACAAGGCUUCAAUUUUCCUCAUUGCAUCGGAGCUUUGGAUGGAAAGCACCUCAUGAUUCUACCGCCACCCCAUACUGCAUCGGAAUACUUCAAUUACAAAGGACACUUCAGCAUUGUACUCUUAGCACUAGUUGAUAGUGACUACUGUUUUAUUUUUGCGGAUAUAGGAUGCCCAGGACGGAUAAACGACGGUGGCGUCUACAAUCAAAGUGUUCUAAAGCAAAAAAUUGACACAAAUGUGAUCAACUUGCCACCUCCUAGUCCUUUGCCCAAUAGUAACACUAACUUCCCUUAUGUUUUUUUAGCUGAUGCGGCAUUUGCUCUGAGUACACAUAUUAUGAAGCCAUUUCCUGGGCAUCAUGCUGUUGGUACUCCCGAGAGGUUAUUCAAUCAAAAACUGUCUAGUUCGCGUGUGACAAUCGAAAAUACUUUUGGAAUAAUGUCUAGCGUAUUCAGAAUUUUCAAAAGGCCUAUACCACUGAAUAUUCCCAAGGCAUCUUUAAUUACAAUGACAUGCGUCUUGUUGCACAAUUUCUUGAGAAAAAGUAAAACAUCUCGACAUAUGUACACUCCCCCAAAUUCGGUAGAUAAGUAUGUUAACGGUGAAUUAACCCAACCAGGAUCUUGGAGACAAAAUUACACAGGAACAUUUGAUCCACUGCAACAUGUACCUCGAAGAGCUCCUACAUGUGCAAUAGAAACAAGAUUAAAUUUUAUGAAAUAUAUUCACGAGAACAACAGUUAGCUAUAGAUGUACCUAACAGAAUUUUCUGAAAUAAAUAGGAUUAGAGAAACUUGGUUUUUUACUUACGUUUUCCUCUGAAUUCAUGAGACUGGUGGAUUCAUAAAUAUCUGUUAUAAAUGCUGCCAUCACAUCAUAAAAGAUCCAGAUGGGCUGGUACACGUCCUCUACUCCCGAUCCCGACUUCAUAGAAGACAUUUUCUUUUUUAAGUUUGUCCUGAAUGUUCC